CAGGCAACAACCUACUAUGUCAACUGAAAAAUGCACUCAUUGGAAAACUUUCAGAACAGCAACCAAGAUUUUGUCUGUGCAGAUAAUACAUGAUGCGUUGACUGCACUCUGCAAACAAGUUUAUCUUGUUUCAACCACUCUGCUGAACAAACAAACUGAGAAUUGGAUAACUAUCUGAACUUUAACUUCACACAUUUUGUACCCGUCUGGUAACUUAACUGUCCUGCUGAUAUGUUUCUUUUUUUUUUCUUUUUUUUUUUAAAUGUCUCAAAGGUCAGUGUCAGUGAAAUGUCUGGACACUACAGAUAUAUAACAUGCUGCAUUUACAUAGCAGGGACACUCUGUUCUAGCUGACAUGGGAACAUGAAAACUGCUCCUACUUUGGCUGACACACACAGCAGGAAUCAUGCCGCAUGUUGCAGUGCGAGAAAUAAUAACAAGGUCACAGUGCCUUUGUUGUUUGGCUUCGCUGCAAUGUUUGUCUGACAAACUUCCUGAACAACUUCUGACACAGAACUCUGAAUGAUCAUUCCCCGUGGCAGAUACUAGUGUCACCUCUCUGAUUUAUGAUUGUUGAUAUUUGGACUAAAAUGAAAGAACAUUUGCGCUCCUGAAACAGAUGGGGAGUGGCAGUCUGAAUCCUCUGAGGGCAAACAGACUUAGGGCAGAGUCAGUCAGAAGAAGGGGAAGAAGCAGGAUAUCUACUUUUUACAAGAUUUUGCUUUUUGUGGAAAAAAAUAAUUACAAAUAAAGGGAGAGUAUUUCUUUAUAUCUCAAAACAUGUUUGGAGAGGAAUAUCUCAACACAGCGCCAAUAUGUGGCAUCUCCGUCAUUAAACACCAUCAUUAAGGGGAGAUGUGGGAAGAAAUAUCACUUUUGAAGUUUUUGCACACUACAUGUGUGCGACCACAGAGCUGUGAACAAUGGGACUGCGUUUGCCUUCUGGCAGGUCAAGUGGACACCUAACAGCUAGUUAGCUGUCCAUAUGGGCCAAGCGUCUAUGUUGAUUUACAGACUGACCCAGAUUAUCUUUGCUGGAGGAUUAGAGCAAUGUCCCUGAGGAGGAGGAAGAGGAGGACGUCCCGUAUGGGCUGUAUUCGUGUUGUAAAGCUCCUGCAACUUUUCAGGACACAUUUCCCCAGCUGACUAUAAUGCCUUCCACAAAGAGCUCUAAUCACUGGACGUUAUCAGAGUUCAUUGGGCAGCGGAGGCUUUUAGGACUCGGAGCUCUGCUGGCAUGGCUCGUCCUCUUCCAUCUCCUUGUGAACGUCUGGCUCCUCUGCGUCUUCACCAGUCUCUUGGUGGUUCUGGGGGGUUGGCUCGGGUCCCGUGCCUUACUGGACGCAAACAGCCUUCUCCACUUGGAGCACUUUUUGCCCCUUGGCAAAGUUAACCCACCCCUGAAUUCACCUGAACAUGAGUGGAGGUUGAACCACGAGAUCAACAGUGUUGUCCACAAAGCGGUGCGUGAUUUUGUGUCCUCAUGGUAUCGCACUCUGCUGCCAGGGGUGGAGGGGGAGUUUGAGCGUUCGGUGUGUGAUUCGAUGCUGGAGUCAGUGAUGGAGCUGAAGGAGCGUGCACGGCGAGUGGACAGAAAAGCACUGGUUCAACGGCUGCUAGAGCUGUACGGCUGUCACCUGCAGAGCUACAUGACGGCAAGACAGAUACAGUCGACACAAAAGGAGAGAAUCAGCCUCUGGCAGCUGUACAGUGAAGUAGAUGCCCCUCAUCCAGCUGUGAGCAAUGCAGUCGCUGAGCUCAGCUACUCAAGAGCUCUGGUAAACCUCGUCUUACAUGUGCUUGUUCCAUACCCUCAGAUGGAAACCAGGACAGGAGGCUACAUGGUUACAGAACUCAUCACCUGCAACGUGCUGUUGCCGCUUAUAAGCAGGGUGUCUGAUCCCGACUGGCUCAACCAGACCAUUGUAGACAUAAUCACCAGGUCCAGAGAACCACAGGAAAUCAGUGUGGAUGAACUCCCAGCUGCAGCCUCACUAUAUGGAUGUCAGAUCCUGCAGGAGUCCUGGACCACCUGCAGGUCCCUGUCUUCUUCUGAUCACCCUACCAGCAGAAGCACCUCUGACCUUGAUGAUCUGCAGAGCCAGAAAACCAUGUGUGAGAGGGAUUCCUCACAGAGCAGCAUGGUUAGCCUGACGUCUGCUGGGAAAGUAGAAGGCUGUGACGCAGGUUUGCUCACACCUUGCAAAGUGAACUGCUGUGCGUUCCCGUCUGGCCACUACUCCCACUCAUCAGAGCCCAAAAUAAUUUCACUUGACUCUCUAAUUCCAUCAGACUCUGAAGACAACCUGACAGGAGGCUUUUGCGAAUGUGGUCCUCCAACAAACUUCUGCAAUGUCAUGAAUUUAAAGGGUGAUGAGGCGUUCGGCUGCUUUGGUCCUUUGAAAAAUCUUGGGCCAAAGGUUGUGGUGCCUGAGGACUCCCAGUGGCCAGCAGGUAUGGCCCAAGAGAAAUCCCCAACGUGUUCACCAAGAAGAGUUUGUCUAACCUCAUGCAACUUUGAUACCUCCAGUAACCAAGCUACACCUGUCAACAUCCAGAACGUGCAAAUUUCUGGCACUGUCACUGCGAAGGAGCAGCGUGGCACAGGCACACAUCCCUAUACUCUCUACACUGUAAAGUUUGAGACGAUGGCUGAAAACGGCGGUACUCUGCAACCUGUGUCCUCUCACACUGUCAACCGGAGAUACAGCGAGUUCCUCAACUUGCAAACACGUUUGGAGGAGAGGCCUGAAGUCAAGAAAGUAAUCAAGAAUGUCAAAGGCCCAAAGAAAAUGUUCCCUGACCUUUCGUUUGGCAGUGCAGACAGCGACAAGGUUGAAGCCCGUAAAAACCAACUGGAUACAUUCCUUAAACAAUUAAGCAGCAUUCCUGAAACAUCAAACAAUGAGGACAUGCAGGAGUUCCUGGCUCUUAACUCUGAUGUUUGUACAUAUUUUGGAAGACGGCCUUUUGUCAAGUCAAGAAUUGAUAAGAUGGUGGAAAAUGCUUUAGACACCUUGAAGACGGCUUUCCCUCAUCCUGAGCCCCUCAGUCCGACGGAGGACCUUGAGGGAGACGCUGAUGGAAGAACAAUGGACAGCAGAAAGUACAGGAGGCUUAUGUUCCCAAGCAAAGUUUCCCCAUCUCUGAAUAUACCUGACAUACACCCUAAAGUGACCUACUGCUUCAGUGAAGGCAGCUCUGUCCUCAAUGGCAUGUCACUGUCUAGCCUGGAGGGCUUCGUCAAACAGCAGGAAAGACUUUUAUGUGAUUCGAAUGGGAGGGAGACGGCCAAGCAGAGCUGUGAGCAGCCCGGCAAAGACAAGAAGACUUCAGGGAAAAGUCACGGGACAGACACAGCUGUGGCAGAUGUUGCUUUGAACAUUUUGUGUCUGCUGAUGAGGGACCAGUGGAGUUGGCUGUGCACUGAGAACAUACAGAAGACCAUCAGACUGCUCUUUGGCACCUUCAUCGAGAGAUGGUUGGAUGUAGGAGUUGCCCAUCUUACCAGUGCCCCCUGCUGGGUGAUUUACCUCCAAGUGCUGCAGGAAGCUGUAUGGCCAGGCGGCACGCUGCCUGCUCAACCUCGGCCAGAGCGGAGUGCCGCAGAAAGAGAGGAAACCAAGGAGCAGUGUCUGGACUGUUUAAUGCAGCUGCUCCCAGAGCUCAUCACUGACAUGCUGGGAAGUGAGAAGUACAGACUGAGCUUAGAGACCAUGCUGGAGUCUUUACAGGACCACCAGAUAAACAAGCAUCUGAUCUACUGCAUCUGUGACCUGCUGCUGGAGUUUCUGAUCCCUGAGUCGUGCGACGAGGCCUUCCAGAGGUCUCUGCUGCAGAGCCUGGCCAAAGACGCAGAGAGGGACAAUCUUCACACAUGAUCAGCACAUGAUAGCAUGUACUUCACAUGGAUAAUGUGCGGCACAUGUGUAUGAGGGUUAUUUAUAAUGGCCCAGAGUCACUAGAGUCAGCAGAGCGAUGGCACAGGAUAGCAGCAGCCAUUACCUGAUUGGCCGGCGGUAACAGAAAGCUCAUAAAACCUCCUUCCUCGUGACUUACUGUGACAUGAAGAGGAGAAAGACGAGGAUUGUGUGAAUAUUUCUGAAACACCUAAAGGGGAAACAUCAGAGGGAAACAGCUGAUUGUACUCAACUACUGCUCUUAUGUGCAAUGUGCUUAUGAAGGAUCUACUGCAAACACUGCAUUAAUAAAUAGACGAAACACG